AUGAUGCGCUCUUUCCACCACAUCCGAGUGCAACCUUUCCCUCUUCCUGUGGCCAUGGACGCCAAAGAAAUCGAGGCCAAGGCCAAGGCCUUGACCAAGGCCGCGACACAGAAGGAGACGUCAACCGUGAUUCUGGGCAUGCUGAAGGACCUGCAACAAGGCGUGCGAGCAUCAGAGGAUCUACUGAGGUCCACUCGUAUCGGUAUCAUUGUCAACAAAUUCAAGCAACACUCGUCGAAGGAAGUGGCACAGCUGUCGGGCGAGAUCGUUUCCAGGUGGCGGAACGAGGUCAACAAACAGAAGCAGGGUGGUGGAGCAGCAAGCCGGGGAUCAAGCGGAUCUCCUCGGCCGGCGAACGGCACUCCCGUAUCGACACCCGCGGGAGCGACCCCAUCCGACAAGGCAUCGAAGCUCUCAGUCCCACCGGACAAGCGGACGUGGAAGGCGGACAAGGUGGAUGUCAAUGUCCUCGGGAACCGAGUUCGCGACAGUUGCACAGGGCUGAUGUACGACGGACUUUGUCUGGGAUCGACCGAAUCGCCCAAGACCAUACUGGCAAAGGCGUCCGCCGUGGAAGCGGCAGCAUACGACUAUCUGGGGCCCGAGACCAAGGAAGAAUACCGACAGAAGAUGCGCAGUCUGUUCCAAAACUUGAAGAACAAGUCGAAUUUGAAGCUGCGCUCGCGCGUGGUUUCCGGUGAGAUCACCCCGGACAGAUUUGUGCGCAUGACUAGCGACGAGUUGCGCUCUGAAGAGCAGAUUGAGAAGGAUAAGAAGCUCCAGAAGCAGAACAUGGACAACGCGAUGGUGCCCCAGCAGGAGCGCAGUAUCAGUACCAGUCUUCAGUGCGGAAAGUGCGGCCAGCGCAAGGUGACCUACACCGAGGCUCAGACUCGCAGUGCUGAUGAACCGAUGACUCUGUUCUGUACAUGCAUGAACUGUGGCAAGUCAUGGCGGCAGUGA